GCAGCAGCAGGAGCACUACAGCCCCGGCAGCCGGAAGCCGCUAUGCUUGACACUCUGCUUUAUACUGUCACCGGGCUUGUGCUGGGGGGCCUCCUACUUCUGCUCCUACUACCGAGAAGGCAGCGGAGAGAAGGAGAACCGCCUUUGGAAAAUGGUUGGAUUCCAUUUAUUGGUUUGGCUUAUGAGUUUCAUAAAAAUGCCUUGGAAUUCCUAAUCUCCCGACAGCAGAAAUAUGGAGACAUAUUUACAGUUCAUGUUGCAGGGAAAUAUAUAACUUUUAUCAUGGACUCGACCCAGUUCCAGUACGUCAUUAAGCAUGGCAAGCAACUUGACUUUCACGAGUUUGCCAAUUCUUUGUCAUCCAGAACUUUUGACCACCCACGCUUGACAGAAGCAAAGUUCCCUCAUCUAAAUGAUAAAUUGCACAGAAUAUACAAAAUCAUGCAGGGUAGGGCAUUGGACAAGCUUACUGACAGCAUGAUGGGAAAUCUCCAACGUGUAUUCAAAUGGAAAUUCUCACAAGCAACAGAUUGGAAAGCAGAAAAAAUGUACCAGUUCUGCUGCUGUAUUAUGUUUGAAGCCAGUUUUAUGACACUCUAUGGAAGAGAUCCUAUUGCAGAUGGUCACAAAGUUAUUAGCGAAAUCAGAGAAAAAUUUACAAAGUUUGAUGCCAAGUUCCCCUAUCUUGUCAUAAACAUACCAAUCGCGUUGCUAGGAGCUACCAAGAAGAUUCGUGAAGAACUGAUACAUUUCUUUUUCCCUAAUAAAAUGGAAAAAAGAUCCGAAAUCUCCGAGGUUGUCCAGGAGAGAAAAAACGUGCUGGAACAAUAUGAACUGCAGGACUAUGACAGAGCAGCACAUCAUUUUGCCUUCCUUUGGGCCUCUGUGGGUAACACGAUUCCGGCAACAUUCUGGGCCAUGUAUUACCUUGUGAGGCACCCAGAAGCACUUGCAGCAGUGCGUGACGAAAUUGACCAUUUGCUGCAGUCAACAGGUCAGAAGAAGGGGCCUGAAUAUGACAUCCAUAUCACCAGAGAACAGUUGGACAGCAUGGUCUUGCUAGGUAGUGCUAUAAAGGAAUCUUUCCGUUUGUGUGCUGCAUCCAUGAAUAUCCGCUUGGUCCAGGAGGAUUUCGAUUUGGAGCUCGAGGGUAAUCAGACAAUCAGACUGAGAAAAGACGACUUCAUAGCCUUAUACCCACCAGCGUUACACAUGGACCCCGAGAUCUAUGAAGAUCCUGAGAGGUACAAAUACGAUCGUUUCGUAGAAAAUGGAAAAGAGAAGAUUCUUUUCUACAAAAAGGGCAAAAAGCUGAAAGAAUACCUUAUGCCAUUCGGCUCUGGCACCAGCAAGUGUCCUGGUCGGUUCUUUGCAAUGAAUGAGAUAAAGCAGUUCUUGGCUGUAUUAUUGAUAUAUGUGGAUAUGGAGUUGGUUGAACACAAAGCACUUGGCCACGAUAACAGGCGGUCAGGACUUGGUAUACUGUUGCCUAAUUCUGAUAUUAUGUUUCGUUUUAAACCUAGAACACUGGAUUUGUAAUUUGUUUAAUCAGUUGAAAUUACAAAAUUCAAGUCGAAUGAAACAUUGGGUGUAAUAGGUGUAGCAUUAUGGCCACUUAGCCUUGCUUUGGCUGAUUUAUGACUAAAAAGGUGUUUGGCUUCAGUAGACAAUAGAAAUAAUAAUAGGAGCAACAUGACAUCGUCCCUUCCUGCCAUAUCAUCCUAUCCACACACUGGUAAAUACAGUUCCAUGUUUCUUUAUUGUGUGACUAGGUGGCAUUUGAACUAAAUAGGUCGGCUUAGCACUUAUGCCAUUCCAGCUGACACAUAUUUACUUGGAGGAAUAAAUAUCUACAUACUUCAAGUCAUUUAAAAAUCAUAUGUACACAAAAUACUUUAUUUUUUGGUUUUUAUGAUUUAUUUUUAUACAUAUUUAGUUAUUGAAAAAGCAUGAAUUUGAUAGAGAGACAGACAAACCUUUAUGGCACCAGACUGGCCUAGACUGGGAGCCAAAAUAGGCCCUGGCAUUUCAACUACAUAGAGGCCCAAUCAGCCCCCCACCAGUCCAAUAAAUAGUGAUUGGCAGCCCCUCUGGCAUUUGCCAGAAUCUAUAGAUUACCAGUCCAAUCUCAAUAAUUAAGGAUAACGAGUGCAUUACACGUAGCGAUUCCGAUCUUUCAUUCCACCAUUAGUCGCACUAAAGAUCAUUCCCACCCUCGGCUGAAUCGUCAGAUAUGGAGGUUAAAACAAUAGAAAUUCUACCUCCACCUGCCGAUUCAGCCCUGAACAUAGAUUUUGCUUAAGCGCCUUCAAUGGCGCCCGAUCAAAAUCUUUUAACCUGACCGAUCGACGAGUCGACCGAUAUCUGCAGCCUUCUGAGCCUCCUUGCAUGUCAGUCAGUGGGGUGGUUUUGUGUGUAUUGUUGCAGUGUGUUUGGACUUCUCAAUAAAACAACAAACAAAGGUCCUAAAUGAAUCUCCUUAUACAUCAAGUAUGGAACCUUAGGUCAGAGGUUUCCGAAUAGCAGGGCAGGCACCCUGAGGACAGUCAAAAGCACUAUAUGGCAGGUGGUAGCCUGAAAGGAUGAGAUUUUGGUGAGUGCUGUUUUUUUUAGAUUUAGAUACUCAUACCUAUUGCUGGAUCUCUUAUUCAAAAACAUUUCAUAAAUCUGUGACUCUGUUUCACAGGUAAGAGGGGCCCACAGAGAACUUUGAACACAAAUGAUAGAAAAAAAACACUACAUUGCUACUUUAGGGUUCUUCAGUACCAUCUCUUAUAGAGUAAGCUCAUCCUCCCAUACACAUUCUGCAAAUGACCUUAGAAGGAAUGUAAUAAAAUUAAUUAACGGGAAAAAAAUAUGGGCAAAUAUAAACAUUUUAUAAUUUAAAUGUUGUCUUUAUGAACCCAAAACAGUAUUUUGUGACUUACUUUUUAAGCUCACCCUACCUGAAAUUUUUCGAAUACAGAGCAGUGUAAAUGUAUUAAGGCUUUAUAUUUAUAGUCAUUAGACAGCACUGUAAUUAGCACAGCUCCAUCCCAGCACUGAGGGUAGGGCAAUUAGAUUGUAGGCUUCAUUGGGGAAGGGGCCCACACCAUGCAUUCUCUAUGUAAAGCAAUGCAAAAUGUGUUGUGAUAUAUAAAUAAAGAAUAAUUUUAUUAGUA